CAGGAGGGUCCAUCCGGUCCCUGUCACUGCAUUUGGCCAGAAAUCCAAGGUACCUUCCCAGAACGUGGAAUUCCUGGCUGGAGGGAAAGAUCCCUUGGAAAUCUUCAUUGCAAGCCAGUGACUGCAGCUUGGAACAGACUCUCCUCUUAGUUUCCCCAGGGUCUCUACUGUUGGAAAAGUCUCCCUGUGGCCACGAUGAGCCCUAAGAAACGCAGGUCACAGAAGGUCUCAUGCGAUACAAAGACUAAGAAAAUUAAGGACUUUUUCCCUCCGGUCAACAAAGGACAAGAGAACAAUCCUAGUAUUCCUCAAAAGAAGAUGGACUCCAGAAAAGACCGAAAAGAUACAGCUAAUGCCGAGGCUCAUGGACCCAAUGACCAGGCUACAUCCCAAAAUAAGGUACUUUAUGUUACCGUGGAUGUAAACCACAAGAAACACAAAGAAAUGAAACACAUGCUCACGCAUGAUAAGAGGGAUAGCUUAUCUGUGGCACUUGACACCCUUCAGGCUGUCAAAAUAGAAAGAGAAACUCGGCAAGGCAUUGAAAUGCUGGUACAGGGCAUAGAAGCAAUUAAAGGUUUCAUAAACCUUGGGAUGCCCCUCAGUUGUUUUCCUGAUAACUGCCACCUGAAAAUUACAUUUGCUCGGAGUAAAAGUAAGGAGAAAAAUGAGAACCAGAUAGUUGGCCGGCAUGAAAAGGCACCAGCUGACUGUGUCAAAUUUUUUAUCCACGCCAUUGGGAAGAAGAGAAAAAGGAUCGUCAAACUCGGGGAACUUCACAAAGACGGGUACACACUCUGCGUCUUUGCUUAUAAAGGAGAAACCAUCAAGGACGCUGUGUGCAAGGAUGGCAGAUUUCUUUCCUUUCUGGAGAGUGGUGAUUGGAGACUCAUUGAAAACCUGAACUCUGUGGUAGAAAGCACACAGCAAGUGGAUGACUUAGAUGGCAAGCUCUUUCAGCUUGAGAUGGAGACAGAUGUGGCAGCCCCUCAGAAUUCUCAGCUGGGGGAACGAAACACCUGUGUGUUGAAUGGAGAAAUUGUGGCCCAAUACCCUAGCUUGGAAGGAGAAACUAAAAAAAUUAGAGAAAAGUUUAAGAAAGACAUGAAAAGAAGAAAUGGGAAAUCAUUAUUUCAUGCACAUAAAAUAAACUUUGGGAAACAGACUAAAAACUCUACCCCAGUUAAAACACUCAAACUUCUUUCUCGGCUCAGUGACUCAGUUGGGUAUAUAUCAUGGGACAACAAUGGAAAUAGGGGUUCUGCCACCUGCUUUGUUUUCAGAGAGUUGUUCAUUUUAACUUGUGGGCAUGUAAUAAUGGACAUUGUGGGAAAAGGGGUAGAGCGAAGUAAGUGGGGAGACAUAAUUGGUCAGUGUGUAAGGGUGACAUUUGGUUACGAAGACAGUCAUGAAAAAAAUAACUACUUUUCCAUUGAACCUUGGUUGGAGAUAGGUGAUGAAAUUCUUGAUUAUGCUGUUCUGAAACUGAAGGAAAAUGGACAUCAAGUACCUAUGGGACUAUAUGAUAGAAUUUGUCUUGCGCCACUUAAUGGGUUGAUAUAUAUUAUUGGCCAUCCAGAUGGAGAGGCAAAGUCUACUGAUGCUUGUGUUAUAAUUCCUCAGAGUCAGCGAGUAGAGAAAUAUCAGGAACAUCUUCAGGCUGCGGGUUACAAUGAUCAUAUGCGGUAUAUCCAUAUGUACACUCAAAGAAGUUUCCAGGCAAUUGUUCCCAGACCUGAUGUGAUUACCUAUAACACCAGUUUUUUCUUUGGGUCUUCUGGCUCCCCAGUGUUUGAUGCAAAAGGUUCAUUGGUGGCCAUGCAUGCUGCUGGCUUCCCUAAUUACUACCAACCUGGAUUUUCCAGUAUCAUUGAGUUUGGCCCUACUAUGGAAUCCAUCAUCCAUCAUAUUAAACAAAAUUAUGGAACAUGGCUUGAAGAAUUAUGCAAAACUCAGCAGGAUGUAGACAUGAUGAGUGAUGACGAGUGAGGACAGUAAGAAUUCAGUCUGUUUCCAAGCUUUAAGAGAAUUACCUGUAAAGUGUUAUUCCAGAAGCAGUGGUAGUUUUCUAAAUUCCAAAAUGGUUAAUUUCAUCAAUAACAAUAAUUUAUAUUAUUGACCAUUUCCUAUGCAUCAAGCAUUUUGCUAAGCACAUGAAGAAACCACUUGUAGCAGCUCUAUGAGGUAGACUGUUUAUAUCCUUAUUUUCAAGUCAAGCAUUGUGAAGAAUGAUUAGAUUAAGUGAUAACUGGAUUUAGGGCACUGGAAGUAGUGUAACCACUGUUUUGUUUUUUACUUUCAAUAUCUUUCCCUAAAUUCUGUUGCGUGAAGGCAGGAUUAAAAACUUGUUCAUCUCAUUAUGCCCAAUGUCUGGCAGAUAGAAAGUACGUGCUUUGAAAUUGUGUGAG